UUGUCCAGUUUUGGCUUUUGGAGUUUGAAUUUGGAUCGGUGGGGGUUUUCUUUCUGUGUUGGUGGCGGGUCGCCCAGGGACUGUGUGUGGGACAACAGCAGCUCUUCCAGAAGUGUGUGCAGUGCAGGGUGUGUGGUUUUUUUGGGUUUUUUUUUUGACCUUUUUUGACUUUUUGCUUUUCCUGAUGGUGAUUUAGUCAUGUGUCCACGUAAACAAACGCCACAAACCCAAAAACUCAGGCCUCCUACGGUGAUAGGCCAGUUCCACACCUUGUUCUUCGGCUCGGUGCGGAUGUUCUUUCUGGGCGUUCUGGGCUUCGCCGUCUAUGGGAAUGAGGCGCUGCACUUCAGCUGCGACCCGGAUCGCCGAGAACUCAACCUGUACUGCUACAACCAGUUCAGACCCAUAACACCUCAGGUGUUUUGGGCGUUACAACUGGUGACAGUGCUAGUUCCUGGGGCAGUGUUCCACCUUUAUGCAGCCUGUAAGAACAUUGACCAGGAAGAGAUCCUUGAACGACCCAUCUACACCGUCUUCUACAUCAUUUCUGUUCUUCUGCGCAUCAUUCUUGAAGUCAUUGCCUUCUGGCUACAAAGCCACCUCUUUGGCUUCGAGGUCCACCCGCUGUACAUGUGUGAUGCCAGUGCUUUGGAAAAGACUUUUAAUGUGACUAAGUGCAUGGUUCCCGAACACUUUGAAAAAACCAUCUUCCUCAGUGCCAUGUACACCUUCACUGUGAUCACCAUACUUCUCUGUAUUGCUGAGAUAUUUGAGAUACUCUGCAGACGGCUUGGGUAUCUCAACAACCAAUGACACAUACACACAAGCACACAUAAAAUGACUUAGGGUGAAAAUACUGUAUAUGACACUAUUUCUGCCAGUUUUUAUCAAUCUCUUGGUUAGGUACUGCUGGACCUUUAUCAUACAGCGAGCUAACGUAAGAGCACAACCUCACCUGUGGUCCAUUGUGAGUCAGUUGCACCAAGAAAUUUGAGAAUGUGCGACAGUGUCAUAGCUGGCAAGUCUGAAAUAUUUUCUAGGUGUUUUUUUGCCCUUAAUGAUAGAGUGAUCAUCCCUAGUUGUAUUUCAGAUAUCAGUGGGUCUGUACUGGCUGUGUCCAAGGGUCUUGUAUGGACGUGGUGGCCAGAGAAUAUGUUCCUCUGACUCUGAACCGUUGGGGGAUGGGAUAGGAUUUCUGGUUUUCUUCAGGGUGCUACUAAAAUCUGUGACUAUGGUCGAAUUAGAGCACAAGGUUAGCCUAGUUUGUCACAAACCUGGUGGCCCAUAACAGUUUGAGGGUCCCUAAAACCCUGUUCUUGGAGUUGUACCUAAGAUCUGAUACUCUUACAGAAGAAACGCCCUGGAAGCAUUAGCUGCACAUAUGUUUGCCGUAUGCUUAAGGGCCUGGUGUGCACUAAAUGCAUCAAGAUUCAUCAAAUCAACGUCUUCUCUGAACUUUUACAGUUUCGGAAAGCUUUGAUGAAAAAGCAUUAAGUCUUCAUGUUAUGUAAUAACAACCAACAAUGCAACAAUAAUUUAGCUAGUCACAUAAUUCUGUAUAAAAGUGCAUAGUCUGGCUUGUCUUCCAAGUGCUGAUCAAAUAUGACAGGCGGACUAUAGAACUGGCAAUUGAUUAUCACUUAUGUCAUUCUUCAGAAACUGCGAUCCAGUAACCUUACCCAUGGGCGAGUGAAUUGCAGGUGCCAUUGCUCCUGACACUUCCAUGUGUGACAGUUAUUGCUUCCAGCCCGUUCUGACCUUUCUUUACAUCAACAUGAGCGCUUCUGAUGGGGUUGUCUUCCAUAUCAAAUAUCUGUUUGAGCUUGGUUGGUCUUGAGCAACCUUCAACUUGACUUGUAGAAUUGAGGAUGGUUGUCUCCAACAGGCCAUUUAUUUCAUGCGCCAGAAAGGAUAAAACAAUAGCUCAGUUUACUUCAAUGCAUCUUCAAACAGCGAUGUAUUUUGAUGCUAUCACUAAAAAUGGUUGAAAUGUAGUGUUUUACUCUUUGCGGGUAAAGAUCUCCCCAAAGAUACAAAAUUAAUUUAAAAGGGGUUGAUGUAAUAAUCUAAAUUUAUAGUCUAAAGGAUCAGUGAUAACUAUCAUUUGAAUUUGGGUAUACAAUUGUGUUGGGAUGAAAAUAUAUUUAACAGUACUACAAGUUGCAACGUCUUUUAAGUAUCUGAAAAAAUCAUCAACUGCCAGUAAGAAGAAAUACUGCACAUCUUUUGUGCUUAGAUUUUUAAUAUAAUUGGAUGUCUCAACAUCCAAGGUGAGACUGAAACAGCUCUUGAUAAAAUAUCACUGUGUAGUGAAGUUCCUAACAGACAUGGACAAAAUCAGAAUAGAAAUUUGAAGUUUUUAGAGUUUCAAGGCCCUAUUGGUCUCAUAUAUAAUGUUAUAACUAUUAUUUUUAUGGAUGAAAAGCAAAAGUGCUCAUUCAGUCCAGAUAUAUUUGAAAUGAUGGUUGAGCUUUUGUCCAUGUCUGAUUCUCAACCAUCUCCCCUUAACCCCGACUCUCUUAAUAUCACCUUUUCCUAGCUUGUAGUACUACACAUAAUACUUUAUGUACAUUUGCCUUUGUUGUCACUGUCAAUGUAUUUUGAAAAUUAUUACCUCUCAUGUUUUGUAAUGUUUUUUUUUUAAUCAGACAUCCAUCCAACUUUUGUUAUGAAGUUUUCAGCAAUCUGUUUAUCAUCUCAGGUACAAAAUUGCAUUACCAGACAAAAGUGGAUCAAACCCUCAUUUCAAAUCCUUUUAAACUCUUCGAUAAGCUUUUCCAGCACUGAGGGACCACUCCAACUGAUCCCAACUUACAGUAAGAUUGUCCUGGUUAGUCUGAUAGGCUUUAAGAGGAUUUGAAACAGGUAUGUGACUCCUGUGAUUUGGGUUCGUCUGCGUUCUGGUAUCUAUUAGUGGAGAAUGGUUGUAAAUUUUGCCUCUAAAAGUUCUGUCACCAAGGCUUAGACCUUGUUUCCAUUAAAUAAAAAUGUAAAACUCCA